AUGGUCUUUGAGUAUGAGCCUAGCAUAGCUCCAGCCACAUUUACAGCGACCUGGCGUGAGAAUUUCAAUUCACAACAGCAGCAAGCCUCCUCGGUUUACAGUAGCCCUGUGUCACCAGCCAGUGAUGCUGGCGAGGAUUGUGCUUUCGAAUACGAUGUCCAGUCGCCAGGUUCACCACGGGAUGGUGAUUACGUAGCUGCAGAGGAGGCUGAAAAUACCGACUGGGAACAUGCAUCUCCAAGCUUGGCAUUGAACGGCAUAGAUGAUUUGCAGCGAGAUACAUCUGAGGUAUCAAUCGCUUUGGUGGGUACGUUUAUCAGAGAUCCUGACCUGGGGGUUAGGCUGAUGGACAAGAAAUUCGGACAACAAGAUGCCUGGAAUGGUAGAAUACAGAAGUAUAUGGAAGAUGCUUUGGAAACACAUCACAAGAUAGACCUACUAGAGAAGCAGGUAGCGGCUUUGCAGGCGAAGUUAAGUGCUUUGAACAACAAUAAAAAAACGGCUCAUCCGAGGGGGUAG